AUGGUAUUUCUGAGGGUUGCUCCUAUGAAAGGAGUGAUAAGGUUCAGGAGGAAGAGCAAGUUGAGUCCUUGGUACAUUGGGUCAUUCGAGAUCUUGGAAAGGACAGAUCUAGUUACUUAUCGGGUAGCCUUACCCCAGACCUUAUCUAGGGUGCAUGAUGUGUUUCACGUGUCGGUGCUGAGGAAGUACGUUCCAGAUCCGUUGCAUGUGAUUAGUUAUGAGUCCUUAGAGAUCAGUGAAGCACUAGCUUAUGGUGAGAUAUCAAUUCAGAUUUUGGAUCAAAAGGUACGAAAGUUGCGUACCAGGGAGAUACCACUGGUAAAGGUGUUAUGGUGUAACCACGUGGUUGAGGAGGCUUCUUGGGAAGUAGAGGUCAAGAUACGUCAGAAGUAUCCUCAACUAUUCAGAGAUGUUCAGAGUUAG